AUGGACGACUUCCGGGCCAAAUCAUUGGAGAUUUUCAACCUCAUCCGGGAUUUGACGUCCUUUGAGGGUGAGGAUCGCGGUCCGACAACACGAUUUCUCAUCUGGAACCUAUUAUUCAUCGCCUUGGGAGCAGUGGGCACGAGAGAAUACAAAAAUGUGAAGCUGCGAACGAGACAAAAACAGUCCUGGACGGCCUGGGCGGCCUUGGUCACAAGUGUCAUGCUAUUGCUCUCCUGCGUCCUCGAAUCGCGCGCCAUCUCCCUCGGUCACGGCAGACACGCUUCUUCCCUUUACAAGGAAGAGCUCCUCUCCAUUGCAGUAAUUUCACGCCUUGCCGACAUGUUCGUCACGCUCUCCAUCUUUUGGAGCAAGCUCUUUGCCAUCUCCGUCCUCCAGCCCAACGUUUCCUCGGCGGCUCGCCUCCGCCUGCUCCUAGACGUCGUCAUCGUUGCUUCCGCCCUAGGGAUGGCCGCAGCUACUGUGCUCGCCAGCGUGCCCGUCGAUAAGGUGUACUGUCCCGCGGGCGGAGAGGCGUGCGUCUCGCUCGAGACUUUUGUCUUCGCGGCCAAGACUUUGACCGCGUACUCGUGUGUUUUAAACAUUAUUAUUGUGUCUGCGGCCGCAGUGGUUGUUUCUAAGCUAUUGCUUGAGCGAAAGCAACUGGCUGGAGCCAUUGUUGUUGUUGCCCUUGGUGCAUGCUCUACCGUCGCCGCCGGUGUGAGACACUCUAAAUAUUCCGAACUAGACGACGGUGACUUCACCUAUCACGGCGCGUUCAUUCUCCUCUGGAGCGCCGCCGAGGCCGCCCUCAUGACGGUAGCGGCCAGCCUACCGAGCGUCCACCCAUACCAGAAGAAGAACACCGCCGGGCGCCCCUCGAGCCCGCCACCCGAGGCCGUCCCGCUUCGAAACAGGCGCGCGAAUCUCGAUGCCGAGAGAGGCCAGAGCAGUGAUACAGAUCUGCAGGAGAGCGAGGUACUAUAUCGGUCCAUGGUACGAGCGGGUCUAUUAUAA